AUGCUGCCACAGCCCAUCCAGGACCUGCUGGCUCUGCUCAGUGAGCACGGCACAUCCACAGAGGGGAUAUUCCGGCUGGCAGCCAGCCAGCGUGCCUGCCGGGAGGUCAGGGAGGCCCUGGACAGCGGGGUUCCAGUGCAGCUGGAAACCCAGCCCGUGCUGCUGCUGGCUGUCCUCCUGAAGGACCUCCUCCGGAAUAUCCCCUCUAAGCUCCUCAGUGUCCACCUUUAUGAGGAGUGGAUGGAUGCCAUGGAGAAGACCAGCAGGCAGGAGAGGCUGGCAGCACUGAAAGAGGUGGCCAGCAAGCUCCCUGAGGCCAACCUGCUCCUGCUGCGGCAGCUGCUGUCGCUGCUCAGCGGCAUCAGCAAGAGCGUGGCCACAACCAAAAUGACUGCUGGGAACCUGGCCAUCUGCCUGGCCCCAAACCUCCUGAGCCCACCCCAGGAGCUGCCCCUGGAUGUCCUGGCUCAGGAGACAGGGAAGGUGACCCAGCUUGUUGAGUUCCUCAUCAACCACCACGAGGAACUCUUUGGUGAGCAGGUGGCCAGGGUGGCCAACGAGGGGGCCGAGGAGACACCAGCACCACAAGCAGAGCUGGAAACAGCAGAGGUCCUUCGCAUAACACCAGGAAGCGAAGAGCAGCCUGGGAAGAGGGCAGCGACGGGCCACCGUGCCCGAAGAAGAUCAGAACUGAGCUGUCCGGGAUGGGCGACUGAAGAAAUACAAGCAGGGGAAGAACAAGGCACCCAGGUGCCUGUUUACCACUUCGAUUCCCCUCAUGCACCCUGCUGCCCGGGCUUGGAUUUCCACCCUGCGGCCCCAGUACCACCUCGGCAGCAGUGA